AUUUUCUGAAAGGCAAAAACACAAAAUCCCCAUGAACAAGAGAGCGGUGCCUGCUCCAAGUCUUAAGGGGUAACCUAACACACAUUAGAGUACAGUACCACCCUUGCCCUGCAAGUUACAUCAUGCAACAAGAAAAGAGGGCCAAGUCCGUGACCCAAAACAGAAAGCGUAUAUAGUAGUGUACAUGACUUUUCUUUUCCCACUAUAAAUACCCCGCCACCCCACUCUUUCCUUACAAGUUACAUAACAUAAGUCAUAACCCUCCUUCUCCCAUCAAACAAAAUGAGGACCAUUCCCACCGCAGCAAUACCACCCACAUCCGCCACGUCAUCACCAAGCCCUGCGCGCUCCACGUGGCACUCUCCUGUUCCCUACCUGUUCGGAGGACUCGCCGCCAUGCUCGGCCUCAUAGCCUUUGCGCUCUUGAUCUUGGCCUGCUCCUACUGGAAACUCUCGGGUCACUUGCAGAACGAAGAAAGUAGUGAUAGGGACUUAGAGAAUGGUGGCGGUGAGAAACAGAGUGACUCUGCCCACACUGAAUCCGUUAAGCCUUACGAAGAGAAGAUUCUCGUCAUUAUGGCCGGUGAUGACAAACCCACAUUCCUGGCCACCCCUAAGUCCUCCUUUUCUACUCAUGGAAUCCCCCAUCAUUCUGACACAAACCUCGAAAACCGCCUCACUUGGGAGAAAUCUGACAAGGAAACGGAGAACCAUCUUCAACAAUAGGAGAGUUUCGCUGGUUGAUGUCUUUCUCGUUUCAUUCUAUUUCUAUCCUAGGUUAGACUCCAGAUUCUCUGUUUCCAAUCACCCCCUCUCGCUCUUUUCCACCUUGUUGGUUUCUGUUCUAUUGUUGUUCGGAAAUUGUAAAUUUAAGCGAGAUUAAUUAGAAUCCAGGGAAUUUAAUUCUAUUUCCA